AUGUCACAUCGUACAACCGCUGGUGGUAUUGGCUUUGCUGUUAUGCAAAAGCAAGCAUCUAAAUUCAAUCCUGAUGAAGCAGAAAGUUUGUUGGAAUGGAUUAAAAAAAUGAGCGGUGAAAAUAUUUCAACCCAAGGAACACCUGAGAAUUUCUUGAAAUUACUAAAGGAUGGAACUCUCCUUUGCAAAUUAGCAAAUGGUAUUGAGCCGAACGCUAUAAAAAAGAUUCAAAAACCAAUUUCAAAUUUUGCAUGCAUGGAAAAUAUUAACGCAUUUGUUGCAUGGGCUAAAACGAUGGGUGUACCAACGGAGGAAACUUUCCAAACAGUUGACCUUUUUGAGGGUCGUGAUCUAUUUUCUGUUUGCGUCACACUAUUGUCGCUUGGCCGAAAAUUGCAGCAAGCCGGCAAACCGAAUCCAUUCUCUGGUUGA